AUGGGCCGCUUCUUCCUGGCGAGCCUCUUCCUGCGUAGCUGCUUUGCCGUCAGUCUUCGCCGCAAUGCCCAGGCUGAUCGCGAGUCUGAAGCAUGCACCGACGCGCCCCCUGGCCGCUGGUGCCACGCCUCGGUGAUGUGGGCGAAGACCGUCGGCUGCGAGCAGCACCCGGACUGGUUUCCAGGCGACCCCAGCCAGUACAGCCUGGGGGACUUCCAGUCGCUCCUGCACUCGCUCGGCGAGGCCGAGUGCUCGCUGCCGUGCCCCCACAAGUCGAAGGGCGCGGGCUCGCGUGCGGUGGGGCUCCUCGAGCUCGGCGAGAGCUCGAGUUCCACGGCCAGGCUGGGCAACGAGGUCGCUCCCGCGCUCGACCAGACCUCCACCUACGGCUUCUCGUCCGCCGAGUUUACGGAGAUGAUGGAGGAGAGCUGGGAGCCGAAGGCAACGACGAGCACUCGGGGCGCAGCCAAGACCGAUGAAGCGGACUGCCAGGACGCGCACGUUGGCAGCAUGUGCUACCACGCGAUGACGUUCCUCCGCACCAAAGGGAUCGCGAAGCACCCCACGUGGUACCCGUCGCUCAACGGCGACUCCACCAUGCGGGAUGUGCAGGAAGUCCUGCACACCGCGGGAAAAGCUGACUGCCCGAAGCCCUGCCCAGCCCACGACGCAGAGCAGCUCAAGAAUUUUCACGACGACGACGUCAUCGAAGUCUUUGACAACGGCCGGCAAGUGCCGAGCGCGGCCUACGAGCUCCGGGAUGCCGCCGCGGACUGCGGCGACACCGUGGAGGGUGAGUGGUGCUACAAUUCCAUCAUGUGGCUGAAGAAGACAGGCCUGGUCAAGCAUCCAGACUGGUAUCCUCAUCUCACCCGCGAGUCCAGCAUGGCGGAUUUCCAGGCCGCACUGCACAACCAGCGCAAGAUGAACUGCCCGCUGCCAUGCAAGAAUGUCUCGAAUGUCGACGCGAGUGUCGUCACGGAGAGCCCGUCCGAGACGAACUUCGAAGAGGUAUCGCAAGAGGAUGCCACAACCACCGUCCCCGAGCCAAUACGGACUGGCGCCGAGCAGUGCGAGGACGCACUGGAGGGCUCGCACUGCUACAAAGCGAUCUCGCGCGUCAUAGACGUGGGCAUCUGGAUGCACCCCGAGCAGUUCCAGGGGCUCAACCGACACUCCAGCCGCGACCAGGUCCAGAAGCACUUGUACCAGCACGGUAAGUACGAGUGCGGCUGGCCCUGCCCAAAGAAGCAGCUGGACAGGAGCCGGCGCGUCCUGAAGAGGGUGGAGGACAUGACGGAGAAGGAGCUGGGCAGCUACAUGAGCCACGAGUGGGACGGUUCGGACGGCUACGUCGACUCCGACGAGUACGACCCGCACGAGGCCGUGCAGCCCAGCGACGCGGAGGCCGCCCUGGGCGCCCCCGCCGCGAGGAGCGCGGGCGCCUCGUCCGAGCAGAGCGCCUCGACCGCGGACAACGCCACGCAACCCGAGGAGGGGGUCGACGCGGCAACCCUGCCGGGGAAGGACGAGAGCACCCAGGAGCCCAUGCCCGUGGUCAACACCAAGAAGCAGACCCCGUUGGGCCUGAAGGACCAGUGCCGCGACGCGCAGGUCGGCGAGCUGUGCUACUCAGCGGUGACCUGGGCCCAGGGGGUGGGCGUCCACGAGCGUCCCCAGUGGUACACUGGCCUCUCCAAGACGUCCACCUUCAGGGAGUUCCAGGCGUUCCUCCACAAGUCGAGGCCAGGCAUCUGCGAGAUGCCCUGCGGCAACCUGCGGGAGGUGAGGCCCUUUGAGGCGGAGGCCGAAGCCGCCGACACCUCGGAGGAGCUGCUGCCAGUGAUCGACGGGGGCGGGCAGAAGGUCGUCCCCACCACCACUACGGAGCCCACGCUGGAGCCAGAGGUGCAGGCCAACUCCACCGCAGAGGCCAACGACACCGCAGAGGAGCCUGCGAUGGAGGCAGACACGAGCGAAACGUCGGAGGAGGCGCUGCCGGUGGUCGACCCGAAUGGGACAGAGGACAACCUCCCAGACAUUGAACAGUCAGUACAGCAGCAGCAGGAGGCCACAUCCACGGACGAGGCCAAUGCCACCGCAGAGGCGCUGGCGCCGCAACCAGGGGCCGCCACGGCGGAGGCGGCGGAGGGCGACGCCUCCAGGGCAGAGAACGCCACCGCGGCAGAGGAGCUGCCGGCGCUUGACCAGGGCGAGCACGAGAACGGCUCCGCAGUGCAGGAGCCGGCGCCCCAGCGGGAGGCAAAUUCUACAGAGGAGGAGAAUCGCUCUGCGGAGGAGCCAGCGCCUCAGACAGAGGCCGCCACUGUGGAGGCGGCAGAGGCCGACACCUCGGAGGAGCCGCUGCCGUCGGUCGACCCGGAGGGGCAGGAGAUCGAAAUCGCGGCCGAGGAAGACAUGGAGGGCAUCGAACAUCAGCGGGCGGCCGCCCAGGAGCAGGCCUCCGAGCCGCAGAGCGCGGAGGACGCGGCGAUGGAGGCGGAGCAGGCCGCGGCGCUGCAGGGCGCCAGGGGCGCGGAGGCCAACGCCACGGAGGAGGCCACCCCCGCCGCCGAGGCGCCCGCCGAGCCGCAGGCGGAGCGCGAGGCCAGCGCCGCGGAGGAGGCCACCUCCGCCGCCGAGGCGCCCGCCGAGCCGCCGGCGGAGGCCGCCGCGGCGGAGCCCGACGCGUCGGAGGAGCCGCUGCCGGUGGUCGACCCGGAGGGGCAGGAGCUCGAGAUUGCGGCCGAGGACAUAGCGGCAAUCGAACAGCAGCGGGCAUUCGCCAAGGAGCAGGCCGAACUGAGGGCCAUGGUCGAGGCACUGAAGGCCGAGAACGCCGCGCUGAAGGCGCAGCCGGCACCAGGGCACGAGGCCGACCAGGCGGCCGCAGCCGCCCCAGAGCCCGUGCCUGAGACAAACUCCACCGCCGGGGAGGAGCCCGCGCUCUCGCCGGACGCCGCGGCGGCAGUGGCCAACACCACAGCGGAGGAGGAAAAGGCCAACACCACAGCGGCAGGCGACACUGCAGCGGCGAGCGACGACAACGCUACGAGCGACAGCGACGACAACGCCACGGGCGACAGCUCGGAGGCGGCCGCGUUUGCCCAGAAGGAGGCCGUCCAGCCGAGGCCUCGCCGGAAGGCAGUGUAUGCGGAGCCGCUGCCCUACGUGAACCAGGAGGCGAGGGUCACCUCCGUGAUGCAGGAGAGGGACGAGGAGGAGGACAGGUGA